CAAUAUCACAAUAAAUUCACCAUUCAAACAACUAUCAUCAAAACUUGUGUGAAUUGAUACUUUCCCUUCCUCCAACAAGAUGCAAAGCAGGAAUAUCAAUGGAUACCCACAACAGCAAUACUAUGGUGAUGAUAGCACAUGGAUGGAAACUAAGGCUCAACAGCUACAGAGCCAUGGAUAUCCACAGACACAGCAAUAUCCAGGCAUGAAACCAGGUUAUGGCAAUGAUUCUGAUUACUCCAGGCCAAACCAUCAUGGCAAUGACUCUAACCAUGAUGUGUAUCAUCGUCAGGACAGCAAGCCUCAUGGCCUUGACACUAACCACGAUAUGUAUCACCGUCAGGACAGCAAGCCUCAUGGCCUUGACUCUAACCAUGAUGUGUAUCAUCGUCAGGAUAAGGUGCCUCAUGGACAGGGAAAUGGUUACGGCUAUGAUAACAAUCAUGGCCAUGGCAAUGGCAAUGGCCAGAUAUUCCCUUUUGCUACUACCACUAAUCACUCACCUCAUCAUGGUAAUGGUGUCAGGCCAUUCAAUCAUGGUGGUCGUGGCCAAAAUGACUAUGUGUCAGAGAAUGAGUAUGAAGUUUACAAGGAGGAGCAGAUCGGUUCUGGCGCGAUGAAGAGGGAUGAAAUGAGAUACGAGAGGCGUGGAACAUAUGGAGGAGAUGUUCAUCAGGCCAGCCCAUAUGGAUACAAUAAUAACAGGAAUAAUCCUCUUGGUCAUGGAACAAACAAAGCCAAUUGGACACUGAAAGGAGUUUAAUAUGCUUGGUUACUGUUAUUAGUAUUCCUACCUCUGGUCCCAGUACUAAUAAAUCGUGUGCUUUGUUUUCUGUUUUCUUGUUGUAAUAAGUUGCCUUGAUUAUGCAUGGCUCUUUAUAUAUAUGAUCAAUGUUAUAUGUAACUCAUUAUGAAGUUAUAAUAAGAUUUAUGUGGACUUAUAUACUA